AUGGCCAGUGCAUUCAAAAAGGUAGCAGAAACAGAGAGGAACCACAGAGCGACUUUAUACUUUGGAAACUUGGAUUCCCAAGUCACUGAAGUGCUUAUGUACGAACUUUUCAUACAAUUUGCUCCAAUCAGAUCGUUGAACAUGCCUAAAGAUCGAGUACUCAAGACUCAUCAAGGGUUUGGAUUUGUGGAAUUCCGUUCGGUGGAAGACGCCGAUUAUGUUAUGGACAUACUAAGAGGUAUAAGGCUCUACGGGAAGACGUUGAAGCUCAAGAAGACUGACCUGCUGAAGUCAGGAAAAGGCACAUCUGAACAGACAGGACUGAGCAUUGUUGACGUGGGUGCCAAGUUGUUUAUCAACAAUCUUAAUCCGUUGAUAGACGAGUCGUUUCUUCAAGAUACCUUUUCCAAGUUUGGUACUUUGAUCAAGCCUCCGGCAAUACAACGUGACGAUGAUGGAAAGUCUAAGGGUUACGCCUUUUUGACAUUCGAUGAUUUCACUACCAGUGACUACGUGAUAGAAAAGAUGGACGGGAAGACUUUGAUGAACUCCAAAGUGAAUAUCGCCUAUGCCUAUAAAGAAGAUGCAUCUGGCCACCAGCAGAAGGUGCGGCACGGUGACAAGGUGGAGCGGUUGUUGGCGGAGAAUGCCAAAUCCAACAACUUACUUCCGAAGCCGAAGAAGAGAGGCAGGAGAUGA